CCCUGGCGGACCUCAGGGGAGGCUGCAGAGGGACUGACUGCGCUGGAAUUAACGGAGUUUUCUCUCGAAAAGGGACGGCACUAAAAUGACUGGCCUUCUUGGACUAAGGAUUAGAAGCCAGCUAUCCUGAUUUCUAGUCCUGCUUUCCCCCAGUUUUAUCUCAAGAAGCAUGUUUUUGGCCCAGAGGGGACUCUGCUCCCUUGGCAGUAGAGCUAAACUCCUGAAGAUGAUUUAUUCUCCAAAAAUCUUCAGACUCUCCACUUCUGCUAGAAUGUCUUUGAAAUUUAAAAACGCCAAACGAAUUGAAGGCCUUGGCAUCAGCGUGUGGACUGAAUUUACCAAGCUGGCUGCAGACCCCUCUGUCGUGAAUCUUGGCCAAGGUCUUCCAGAUAUCUCCCCUCCUGAGUAUGUGAAGGAAGAAUUAUCAAAGGCUGCGGCUGUGGACAGCAUGAAUCAGUAUACACGGGGCUUUGGUCAUCCAUCACUUGUGGAAGCUCUGUCUUGCUUGUAUGAAAAGUUUUAUCAAAAUCGCAUCGAUCCAAAUAAAGAAGUCCUAGUGACAGUAGGAGCCUAUGGGUCUCUUUUCAGUGCCAUUCAAGGAUUAAUUGAUGAAGGGGAUGAAGUCAUAGUGAUAGUACCUUUCUAUGACUGCUACGAGCCCAUGGUGAGAAUGGCUGGAGGAACACCCGUUUUUGUUUCUUUAAGAUCUACACCUGUUGAUGGGAAAAAAUGGUCCAGUUCUGACUGGACAUUGGAUCCUGAAGAACUGGCAAGUAAAUUUAAUUCCAAAACCAAAGCUAUUAUACUAAAUUCUCCACAUAACCCCUUUGGCAAAGUGUACACCAAAGAAGAACUCCAAGUGAUUGCCGAUCUGUGCAUCAAAUAUGACACAUUAUGCAUCAGUGAUGAGGUGUAUGAAUGGCUCGUGUAUACUGGAAAUAAGCAUUUUAAAAUAGCCACUUUUCCAGGUAUGUGGGAGAGAACAAUAACCAUAGGAAGCGCCGGGAAGACUUUCAGUGUGACUGGCUGGAAGCUUGGCUGGUCCAUUGGUCCUAAUCACUUAAUAAAACAUCUGCAGACCAUUCAACAAAACAGCAUUUAUGCCUGUGCAACCCCUUUACAGGAAGCCUUGGCUCGAGCAUUAUGGAUUGACAUCAAGCGCAUGGACGACCCAGAGUGUUACUUUAAUUCAUUGCCAAAGGAGUUAGAAGUAAAAAGAGAUCGAAUGGUACAUUUGCUUGAAAGUGUUGGCCUGAAACCCAUAGUUCCUGAUGGAGGCUACUUCAUCAUUGCUGAUGUGUCUUUGCUAGAUGCAGAUCUCUCUGAUAUGAAGAACAGCAAUGAACCUUAUGACUAUAAAUUUGUGAAAUGGAUGACUAAACAUAAGAAACUGUCAGCCAUCCCAGUUUCAGCAUUCUGUAACAAAGAGACCAAAUUACAGUUUGAGAAGUUUGUGCGAUUUUGCUUCAUUAAAAAGGACAGUACACUGGAUGCUGCUGAAGAAAUCCUCAAGGCAUGGAGUAGACAGACGUCUUGAUAAAUGCCAACUGCUCUAAUGUUUCUGUUAAAUGACCUAGUGUGGAAUUGGUAUUAGUACUGCCACUCACUGAACUGUGCAAAACUACUAUUUCAGUACAAAUGAAACUUAAAGAAAUAUUUCCACUGAUUUUCCAAAUGGAUUAAUCCCUAACAGUAUUCGGAAGAUUGGGAUUUUUUUUCAGUUGAACUGUAUUAAAACACCUCCCACUAGUAUUUUAUGAGAAUCAAUAUAGCAUUUGGAUAAGAACUGUGAGACUAUGGUUUAUGCCUAACCUCUCUGUGCUUCAGUGUCAUCAGCGUAAAAGGGGAAUAAAAAAUAGCACCUACUUUA